AUGCAACAGCGUCAGAUAGAAAUUUCCCUAUUAACGGUAUUAUUUAUUCAUGUCCUGGCCGUGUCCUUGGAGGUGGAAAAUUUGGAAAAUUUUGAUUUGAAAAUAUUUCUACAACAAAUCUAUGCUGAGAAGGAGUUUGAAACGUUGUUGGUCAUUGCCGAUCGAGAGAGUUUCAAGGUAAAUCGAGUGUGGUGGAAGGUGGUGCAGGAGAUACCAUUACCCAAGGUCCUGGUGACAUAUGGAGCGGCAUAUGAAUUUGUCAGAAGCUUUAAUUCGGAAAUUUUUGUGAUUUUCCUAUUCAAGGGCGAAUUGAAGGAGCAGUUAAUGGCCACUGGGGCGGAGGUGUUGAAUUUUAUGAGGCAAACAAGGAUAUUGGUGCUGGUGGAGGAGGGGGACCGGGGGUUUCAGCUGGAGCUCUUAAAACUCUGUGAGUUAUAUAAAAUGACAAAUGUCCUGCUGAAAGGUGUGGCGGCCAAAAAUGAGACCAUCCAACAGCUGAAACCCUAUCCCCGCUAUCAAUGGUCCCAGUGGAGGGGUCCACCCUACUACCCCCAACAUUGGCGGAAUUUGGAGAAUAAAACGGUGAUUUAUUUCACCGAUACCACCAUGACCCUGUCCUUUCCCUACGAAGAUGGUCAGGGUGGGGUUCGUCUCAAUGGCUAUAUUGCCCGGCUGGUGUUGCUGUUCGGUGAGGUGUUUCAUGGCCACAUGCAGAUGUAUGCCUCUCAUGAGGUGGCGGCCCGUACCUCCCUGACUCAGGUCAAUCAAAUGGCCGAGGAUAAUCUCAUCGAUAUACCCAUGACCCUGUCACAUUACAACGAUGGCAAAUGGCUAUAUAAAUCGGCGGUCUAUGAUUUCCUGGAAGGCCUCGUAAUGAUACCCACCGCCCAAGCGCUUAGCACCACCGAGGUCUAUGGGGUUCUGCUGAAUCGUUACUUCUUUGGAUGUGUCCUCAUUUGUACGUUACUCUUUGCCCUGUUCCAGAGUCUGGUGGACUACUGUUUGGACCACAGCUUCCAGGCCGUGGAUCUGGUGCUAAACUAUCGGUUCUUUUCGGGAAUUUUGGGCCAAUCCUUUACGCCCAAGGAUUCGCCAUGGCGUAGCCUGAAACUGUUGUAUUUUUUGGUCUUUGUGGCGGGUCUGAAUAUUAGCACCCAAUUUUCGGCCACCAUGAAUACCCUGAUCACCAGUCCACCCAAUCAUGCCCAGAUCCAAUCCUUUGAAGAUUUGAAACAUUCCUCCCUGAAGAUUCUGGCCAUCACCAGCGACAUUGAGGCCAUAGAGGAUGCCGCGGAUGCCAUAAGGGAUUCUCUACUCCUCACGGACAGCAUUGCCUUCUACGAAGAGAAUCGCAACAAUUUCAAUACCUCAAUGGGAUAUUUCCUGGUCUCCCUAUCCUGGAAGGUUCUGCGCCGCAAACAGCAAUAUUUCUCCCACAACAUUUUCAAUGUCUAUCCGAAAAUGACCCUCUUUCGAAUGCCCUGUGCUCUGCAACUGCAAAAACACUCGCAGUACAAGGAACCCCUGGAUCAUCUCAUUAAUCGGGUCCAUGAAGUGGGUCUACCGGCCUAUUGGUAUGCCAAUACCUUUGGAGAUAUGCUAAGGACCAAAAGAGUCACAAUUAGUAGCCCUCCCGUGUCGGCUGAGGCCCGGGCAUUUGAGGUGAAGGAUUUGUUUUGGGCCUGGAUAAUUGUGGUAGGUGGAGAGGUCCUGGGCAGUGUGGUAUUUUUUGCGGAAUUGUUAUUUUAUCGUUUACAUAAGAAAACAUCCAUAGAUUUGAAAUAA